GUUUACACAUGCACGACAUGCACACAGAAGUUUCUUCUUCUCGAAAACAAACGUUUGUUGUUGAUUUCAUCUUUACUUUGUGAAAUUUUCGGAUUCAGUUUAUCUGCAAACACAUCUCAAAAUGGCUAGAAAUGCGGAAAAGGCUAUGACCACAUUAGCCCGUUGGCGUGCUGCAAAGGAAGCUGAAACGGGAGACAAAGAUAGACGGCCAUAUCUAGCAUCUGAAUGCAAUGACGUCUCCAAAUGUGAAAAGUGGCGCCUGGAAAUUAUCCGCGAGAUUUCGAAAAAAGUGGCUCAAAUUCAGAAUGCCGGAUUGGGUGAAUUUCGGAUACGAGACCUAAAUGACGAAAUCAACAAAUUGCUUCGUGAGAAACGGCAUUGGGAAAAUCAAAUAUCAGCGCUUGGUGGACCGCAUUAUCGGCGUUACGGACCGAAAAUGUUCGAUGCUGAAGGACGUGAAGUGCCAGGAAAUCGCGGCUAUAAGUAUUUCGGUGCAGCGAAAGAUUUACCUGGCGUGCGAGAACUCUUUGAACAAGAACCAGCUCCACCGAUCAAAAAGACAAGGGUCGAAUUGAUGAAAAACAUUGACGCCGAUUAUUACGGUUAUCGUGACGACGACGAUGACGGAAUUCUGAUUCAGUUAGAAGAAAAAGCUGAACGGGCAGCUGUGUUAAAGGCGAUCGAAGAGUGGAACGAGAAACGCAGCACAGAAGAGCCGAAUGACGAGGAUGAUAUCUACAACACUGACCCUAAAGAUAAUGCUGAAAGUAAUUUGUCUAAGGAACGAAUGGAAGCUGAUCCAAUGGAACUACUAGGUCCACGUUUCACGGCGCACGUACCGAUUCCUACGCAACAGGAUAUAGAGUCUGCUUUGUUGAGGAAGAAAAAACAAGAACUUUUAGACAAAUACACGAACUAAACGCCCAA